CUCGUCAAAAAAUUAAAGAUGGCGGCCACUAGGGUACCGAGAGUGUUCUGUGGAUCUCCACUGAUUUCGCUAGCACUGAAAAACACAAAUAACUUUUUAGCCCCUCUGCGUUCGUUUACAGCCGUCUUAAGUCACAGUUUUCACGUAAGCACGUCAGAUAGCAAACAGUAUCACAACACCCGGAGAAAAAGGAUGCUUCGCCGGUUUAAAUUGAACCAGUUACAGGCGAAACUAGAGAGGUUAGAUGAAGAAGACAGGCCAACUGGCUGUUUACUUUGUCCAAUGAGGGGAGAUGUGGAAAUUGACUACAAAAAUGUCCGUUUACUGUCCCAGUUUGUUUCACCUCAUACUGGUAGAAUUUAUGGACGCGCUCUUACAGGUUUGUGUAAUAAAAAACAAAAGGAAAUUGGAAAAAACAUCAGAAGAGCUAGAGCCAUGGGUUUCAUGCCUGUUACCAUGAAGUACCUUGACUUCCAUGAGGACCCAAAGUUAUUCUAGCAGCAUUUUAGAAAUAGUUUUGGCCCUGGUUACACCUACAUUACUAUUUUGUAAAUAAAAUCAAAAUUAAUAGUGA